AUGGGUGGCGUGAAGAGGAAGAUUCCGAUAGAGAUGAUAGGGAAAAAAGAUUCACGAGCCGUAGCAUACUCAAAACGCACAAAGGGUCUUUAUAGCAAAGCGGCUGAGCUUUGCCGUCUCGCCGAUGCACAAAUUGCGAUCUUGGCAACUCCCGUUUCUUCCAAUUCCAACGCUUCUUUCUACACCUUUGGUCAUUCAUCUGUGGAUAACGUUGUCGCCGCUUUCCUCGCUAAUGAGCGUCCUCCGCCUCGGGAAGAUCUAGGGUUAGGGUUAGGGUUCUGGUGGGAAGAUGAGAGGCUUGCAAAAUCAGAGGAUCCGGAGGAACUGAGAGACGCGAUUAACUCAAUGUCGAAGAUGUUGCAAGAUCUGAAAGAGUUGCGUUCCAAUGCCUUGCAAAAUCGACUAGAUUGUGAUGAGGACGUGGAGAAGAAGAAGGGUUUAUUAUUAGACGGAACUCAUCAAAACCAUACUAUUAAUCCUUGCGACAACAAUGCUUUACUUGGAAACGUGGAUGGAUGCAAUCAAGAGUUGUUGGACAUUGAUCAAAUCAUUAAUUUUGAGUCGACGAGUUCAUCAGUGAAUUCAGAGUUGGAAAACAUCUCGAUGGUGACACCAAAUCAUCAAAACUCCUUCUCUGAUUCUAAAGCUACUGUAGAUGAAGAUCUGAUGCUACAGAUUUCUGACAACAACAACAACAACAAGAAGAAUGUUGAAGAGCUGGAAAACUGGGAUGAAUUCAUUCAAGAGCUGGAUCUUGAUGAGAUCAUUGAUUUUGAGACGAAUUGUAUGAAGAGCUUGGAGAUGGAUGGUGUCUCGAUGGUGACUACGAAUUCUGAAACAGUUGGAGAUGGAGGAUUCUUAGUGACUCACAUAGAUUUGGAUGAGGAUAAUCUAUGCUUUUCUGAUUAUUUCAAUGAAUUAACCUCCUCUGCUCAAAACUCCCUCCAAGAAGAUAUAUAUACAACAAGUUAA